UGCUAAUGAGGACACGGUCAAGACAUAUGCUCGUGUCUACAUAUGGUACGUGAUAUCCAGGACUAUGUUUGCUGAUGGCACAGGCAAGAAUGCUCCAUGGAUGUGGCUGAAGGCGUUGACCGUAUUCGAUAGCAAAUGGAGUUGGGGUUCGGCGACACUGGCUUACUUGUAUCGACAGUUGGACGAAGCCUGUUGUAGGCAAUCUGGUGGUAUUGGUGGUUGUCUGCUCGCACUUUCCAUAUGGAGCUGGGAGCGUUUGCCGGUUGGACGACCGAAGACCGUGAAGUACGAGGAUUGGGACGACAAAGACGACCCACUACGGCUCCCCACUUGGGCUCACAAGUGGGAUGUGUUAAAUGAGACGACGGAUGAUCCCUCGGCCAUGUACAAGCUGUACAAGAGCGAGCUGGACGCGAUCACGCCUGAGCAGGUGAAUCGACAUUGCAUAAGUGAUUAUCAUGCUUGUAUCGUAACUCGAUAUCAAUUUUGCAUUCUAUCCCAUUUUGCAGGUGGAAUGGGAGCCGUAUGGACAAGGAGAGAGUUUUGGUAA